AUGGCCGAAACCAUCCACUUCAUACUGCUGUUAGUGCUUCUAUUACUACCAUUCACAUCUGCACAGAGCAAUACUGAUUACCCGUAUGGAGACAAUGCGAAAAUCAGUCCACGGGUUGUAAUUAUUAUGGCGGGGUUAAUCUGCGCAUUUCUGUUCAUGGUUGUUCUGGCUAUUUAUAACCGGCGAUGUUUUUCUGAUGCACGAAGUAGAGGUGAUAGUGUUCAGAGUACUGACGAUGUUACAACAACAAGAAAAGAAGGACUUGAUUCAACUGUUAUUAAAACGUUCCCGGAGUUUGUAUACCCAAAUGUUAAGAAUUUCAAGAUGAUUGAUACUGAAGAAACUGCAGUGCUAGAAUGUGUGGUUUGUUUAAGUGAAUUUGAGGACGAAGACGUGCUGAGACAAUUACCUACAUGUCUCCAUUCUUUUCAUAAAGAUUGCAUUGAUAUUUGGUUUGUUUCUCAAUCUACUUGUCCAGUUUGUCGCUAUAAUCUCAAACAAAUUGCUCCCGGAAUCGCACUCAAUGCCGACGAUGAUGUAGUAAUUGAUGUAUUGGAAGGUGAUGAAAACCGCACCGAAAUGGCAACAUAG